CGUAGAUCUGGGGGAGAGGGAAAGCCUAAGGCUAUUAGGUGCGUGCAGAUCAACAUUUCUUUGCCAAAGGUUCAGCCUUCUUUGCACAGGCGCUCCUUUCUGCGCUUUCAACAACCUCUGACAAGAUGCAAAGCGUGCAGUCGCUGCAUGCGUCCAUCGGGCAGGCUGGAUUUGGCAAGGAUGCAAGCCAACGCACUUUGUCCAAGGAGUCGGCGCUGGAGACAUGUUCCCUUUGUCUUCCAAGGAUUUCCUCUGGUACUGGCCAGGCAGCCACUUCGUCACACGCUCGUAGAGUCCGCGCUUUUACCAUUGGGAAUACACAGAAGCAGGGCCAUGCUUCUCAACCAUGCUUGAAAAGUAUGUUCUUAGGGGGAGGAGUCCUGUCCAAGGGCGUAGAGGCUUCCGCUCGGAUGAGAAGAAAGACGAUUAGAGCUUUCUCAAAGAGCCCGCCAGCUGUUGAGACAUCGACGGAGACCCUUCGAACCCUCUAUUCGUCAAGCAAGUCACACAAACAGGGUCAUCUGAAAGUUUCCAAUCUGCAUACCAUCUACUACGAGGUCUUUGGCAACCCCAAAGGAAGACCAGCUGUGUUUCUCCAUGGGGGCCCUGGGGCCGGUUGUACCGCAAACCACAGCCGAUUCUUUGACCCGGAACACUACCGAAUUGUCCUCUUCGACCAAAGGGGGUGCGGAAAGUCGACUCCCCGGGGCUGCUUGGAAGAGAACAACACGUGGGAACUCGUAGAGGAUCUCGAGAAGUUGCGGAAGGAGCUGGACAUUGAGAAGUGGCUCGUCGUAGGCGGUUCUUGGGGAACCACCCUCGCGCUGGCCUACGCCCAGACGCACCCGGAGCGCGUCUCUGCGAUGGUGUUACGAGCGGUGUGCAUGAUGCGGAAGCGGGAAAUUGACUGGUUCUACAAACAGGGAGCGGAUGCGCUGUUCCCGUUUGCCUGGAAGGAUUACGUCGCACACAUCCCGGAGGCGGAGCGGGAUAAUCUGCUUGGCGCGUACUACCGACGGCUGACGUCAGACGAUCGGCAGGUCGCCGAGGCUGCGGCGCGGUCGUGGUUGCGGUGGGAGUUCAGCCUGCUGUCCUUCUCGAACGUGCCGGUCGUCAUUGCCUGGGACGGCAAAGACUACAAGAUGCUGCCAAUACCCGUGGCGGCAGCAUCCCCCACAGACCCCGCCCCCGCCCCAGCUUCCGUUGCAACGCCCUCUAACCCGGUUGCAAGUCCAGCGGUUACCAGCGGGGUGAAUGCGAAAUCCGACCCUUCUCCAAGCUCGAACGGCUCAGCCACUUCAGCGGGUAAAGUCGAGACUGAGGCUGGAGUUAAGGAAGCAACGAGCACGGUUAGUUCGGGGGUUAGCGACGGGACGAAUACCAAACCUGAGCCUUCGUCAGGCGCAAGCGACUCGGCCGGGACAGCGGUUACGGCGGAGGUUAGGAACGGGUUAACGGAAGCAGUCGAAGGGACCACAGGUGCUUCGGAUAACAACCGAGGGGUCGAAAAGGAGGAUAAGUCGGAGCGGCAAUCUUCCUCCGGGGAGGCGAGUACGUCCUCGAGCAACGGGACCAGCCAUGCUGUCAUUGCGUCACAAUCCGCGGAGAAACCGGGUAGUGACGCGGUUGAACGGAAAGAAUCUCCAGGCGGAAACGGGGGGGCGAAAAAGCAGGGCGCUGGUAAAAGUACGACCAGGGGGGCUGACGAGGCGACUACGGAAGCGGGUAAUGGACACGUGGCGGAGUACCGGCCGAGUGCGGAGAACAUGCGCGGCGGGGACUGGAUGUCGUCGAGCCUGGCACAAGCGCGACUCGAAAGUCACUACUCGAUGAAUGGGGCCUUUUUGUCGGAAGAGCAACUUCUGAGGGGCGUGAACACGAUACGCAGCAUACCCACGGUUGCAGUACAGGGGCGAUACGACUUCGUGUGCCCGCUCAAGACAGCCUUCGAUCUUCAUUCGGCGUGGCCGGAGAUGGAGCUGAGGGUGGUCCCAAAUGCGGGACAUUCCCAGUACGAGACAGGGAUUUCUCACGAGAUCAUUCUUGCAACAGAGAAGUUCAGAGCCUCGAUUAUUAGGAAACCCCAAAUGAAAUGUCAUUUACUAAGAUUAUGCCGGUGUCUGGUCAAGGCUCUGGAGCGAAGGGCAUUUGAUCGACGCUAGCAACUCUCAUGAUCGACUUAUUGAUGCUUUAAGUUGACCAGAAGAGACUGUACGUCGCAUGAUUGCGCGUGUGGUGUGAAGCUUGGACGGAAUGAUAUCCCUGAAACGUUGG